AUGAUUGCCAGUCACAGAGAGUGUCAAAGGCAGGCCCCAGGAUACAAGGAUGUGGUGAAAAGACCCAUGGACUUAACUACCCUGAAAAGGAAUCUGUCUAAGGGACGGAUUCGCACCAUGGCACAAUUCCAGCGAGACUUGAUGCUGAUGUUCCAAAAUGCUGUGAUGUACAAUGACUCUGAUCAUCAUGUGUAUCAUAUGGCUGUGGAGAUGCAGCGAGAAGUCCUGGAGCAGAUUCAGGUGCUGAGUAUUUGGCUAGACAAAAGAAGAAACUUAAAUAGUCUGGAAUGAGAACCAGCCAACCCAGUGCAUGAUGAAAAACCUGUUUUGUUAACCUGGAGCUGCUACCCUGACCUUUUCUGGAAUUUGGACCUCUCAUUGAGACUGAUCCAGUGAAGAUCCCAGUACUUGUUUACCUUCUCUGUUGUCUUUCAUAAUAAGAAUAAUACCUUAACUCACAACCUAGGAGUCAAAGAUGCCUGUGGACAUAAUUUUAAGAAAAGGGGGAAACUUAUUUGAUGUAAUAAAUAUCACCCAUAUCUUUGUUCUGUAUCUAUAGGCUUAAUUUAGAGGUAAUUGGAUUAGACCUCUUAUGACUGCUCUAUAAAUAAAUGUUA